CGCACACCAAACACACAUCCACCCUCAACCGUUGUGUCGGGAUUUAAUUGUGAUUUUUUUUUGUAUUUCGCCCUAGAGUUUUUUGAAAUUUCUUUCCGAAUUUUGCUAAUGUGAUAAAGAGAAAAUUCUUGUGCGAAAACCCAAAACGUUGGUCAAUUGAAAUUGAGAUGGAUGAAUUGGAACCGAGUGAUUGAAUAAACAAGAAACAAAACCAAACAAAAAAAAAUUGUGUCCAAAUGUGCAAUCCAAUGGGCUGUGGAAGUUCAAGCGAAUCUGUACACACUGGAAACGUUUCACCGCAGCCGUCUGACUAUUACAUUGAUCGAGCGUCGGGAGUGAGUCGAGUGAAUGUGCAAUCCGAUCAAACCGUUCUCGAUGCAUAUUUAAAGCUUGACGAGGAAAUUUGUAAAUUGGAAGAGCAAUGUCCUGGGCCGCGACUUAUAACCAUUGAAGCAUGGAUAAAAUAUUUGGAAUCAAAACAAAACGUUUUGAGCAAUGACAUUAUUCAAUUGCCUUUGCAUAUGCUGGACGAGGAUUUUGAUGAGGAACAAGAAAUGACCAAGUAUAAUCGACGCACACGUCUCGAAAAUGACGUUGAAUCGCUCACCAAGGUUCGUCAACUAGCCGAGAGCCUAAACAUCAUAGCAGACAGCACCCAAGCAGCCAAGUAUGAAGAGUUUUUAGCCAAUGUUAGUCGACGCUACAUCGAAAAUUGCAGUGAAGUGUUGAAAGAAGAUAUUUUAGAGCAUGCACAGAAACGAGCCAACCAUCUACGUGAACUUUGGACUAAACUGCGAGUGAAAUACAAUGAAUUGGACAUGCUAAUGGCAACCACCACUGGCAAUAGCUACGCAAAUCCAAAUGAAAUGAAAAUCGAUGCCGAAUUGGAGGCAUCUCGACAAAUUCGUGAUAAAUUGGGUGGUGCGGCCGAACAAUGGCGAACAUCCGCAAGUUUACUACGCACAAGUGCCAAAUCAGCUUUAGUUGCUAACGAACACUACGCAUUAAUUCAAACAUCGAGUUCGGUGAAAGACAAAAUAACCGCAGCGACCGAUUGCCGUUCGUCUUUAUUAGGAUCGUUGAUUGCAUUUAAAUGCGCACAAGAGGCAUUGCCACAGGUUGAUAUUCCGCUUAUAACAAAUCGUCAGACAGUGGCCGUCGGUCAUGCCAACGAAUACUUGUUUACGGAUAUCGCCAAUCCAGAUCGUUAUCAGCAUACAAAACACGUGCUCGACGCCUAUCAUGAAAGUCUAUCACAAUCGAUUAGUUGGUUGCAUGAUGUGUUUCAAAAAACACUGAAAAAGGAUUUGCUGGAGGCUGAAAAUGAGGUAAAAUCAUUGUCAGGGAAAUUACGACAGAUUCGAUCCGAUUUUAUUCGAUCGAAGGUUGGCUAUCAAACAUACAUUCCAAACGAACAAGGCCACAUGGAACCGUGAACCAUAUGAAUGGAGGAGAGAGAGAGACGGAGAGCGGCAGAAGCGGACAGAGAAACAAUACAAAGGGGACAUUGCAUGUAUUUAUUGAUUCAGUGUAUCGUCAUCAAGGUCGUUGUCACGCUGAAGCGUUGAUCAAACCAGAAGUUUAUUAACUAAAAAAAAAAAAUUAUCACGUGUUUUCCGAUAAUUUGUGCUUGGAAAAGUAAUCCACAAAAAUGACACACAAUCAACGUGGAAUUCCUUGAACUCGUUUU